AUGCUGAACAGCUUAUUCAUCGUUAACACUUCUGGUGAUGUAAUAUUCGAGAAGCAUUGGAAGGCUGUCAUUCAUCGUUCUAUAUGUGAUUAUUUCUUUGAUGCUCAGAAAAAAGCUGCCUCAGCUGAGGAUGUGUCACCAGUGCUAUCAACACCUCAUCAUUAUGUUAUCAGUGUUCACCAUAAUCAGAUUUAUUUUCUAGCUGUAACAACAACUGAAGUUCCUCCUCUUAUGGUUAUCGAAUUUCUACAUCGUGUUGUCCACACUCUUUCUCAAUAUUUCGAUGAGUGUUCUGAAGCAUCAUUAUUGGAUGAAAUGCUCGACAAUGGAUAUCCGUUAGUUACGGAAUUGAACAUUCUUCAAGAUCUCAUCAAACCUCCGAAUUUUCUUAGGAACAUAGCUAACCAAGUAACUGGUCGUACUAAUCAUUCUGAAACAUUGCCGACAGGACAGUUAUCUAAUAUACCUUGGCGCCGACAAGGAGUAAAAUAUACAAAUAACGAAGCAUAUUUUGACGUUAUCGAGGAAAUAGACGCUAUCAUUGACCGUCAAGGAUCCACAGUUUUUGCUGAAAUUCAAGGCUAUGUUGAUGUUUGCUGCAAGUUAUCUGGAAUGCCAGAUCUUACAAUGACACUGGUUAAUCCCAGACUUCUUGAUGAUGUUUCAUUCCAUCCAUGUGUACGGUUUAAACGAUGGGAGAACGAACGCGUGCUAUCAUUUGUUCCUCCAGAUGGUAACUUUCGAUUGUUGUCUUAUCACAUCGCUACUCAAAACAUGGUCGCCAUUCCAAUUUAUGUCCGACAUUCUAUUGUUUUGAAAGGAGGUGCAGUCAGUCGAUUAGAAAUCACCGUGGGGCCUAAACAGAGUAUGGGAAAGAUUCUGGAAGACGUUGUUGUGGAGAUGUCAAUGCCAAAAGCUGUUCUUAACUGCAACUUAAUCCCUUCGCAAGGAAAAUACACAUUCGAUCCGUCUUCACACCUGUUGCAGUGGACAGUUGGGAAAAUAGAACUCGGCAAACCACCAAACAUCAAGGGCACCGUUUCCGUUUCUGGAACGGCAGCAGUUGAAACGCCGCCGAUCUCGCUACGUUUUCGUAUCAAUCAGCUGGCGGUUUCUGGACUAAAAGUGAACCGUUUGGAUAUGUAUGGCGAGAAGUACAAGCCUUUCAAAGGCGUUAAAUAUAUUACGAAAGCUGGAAAGUUUCAAGUACGAACGUGA